UUUUUGCUACUUUCUCGGGAUCUGGAGAUGUGAAGGGCGCACGGAGAUGUGGAUUGUGAAGGAGCGUCACGGCUGAGAGAUGUCAAGUGUUUCCAAGCGGUGAAGAAGACGAGAAGAAGGAGUUUGUGUGUAAAGCUGCUGACCACCAUUCUUGGUGGUGGGUGACACGUUAAUAAAUGUCCCUUUGGGUAGCCGGAUCUUUACGCACAGAUUUGGGGUUCGUCGUUUGGGAACGGGGGACUCAACCCGGUGCGCACCGGUGUAACAGAUCCACCGACUCCUGCUGGAAUCUGACCGUCAACCCCUCAACUUCAACACGGUGUCUCCAGGCGAUAGACGGCCCCCACUAUAAGACAACCUGUCUCACAUUUACAGUAUGGAUUACUGGACCGCAAAUCGAUUCAACAACUUUUUCUUAAUGUGACUGAAACACUGCCAUCCGGCGUCACACGUUUCCUAUCAUGACUUUCUGUUUUUGCGCACAUUGGUGCCACAUAUUUGGCGAUCCUGGGUUAUUUCUGACACGUUUCUACUCAGGAUACAUACCUUCCCGAUCACUUUGAGGAGUUGGUGCGUAAAUCUCGUCGGCUCCCAUGGGACUGAGGCACUCGUCGCGGUGUUUGCUGCUGCGGCGGAAGAUGGCGGAGGCGGACAGCUCGGAGGUAGGGACCUUGUGGUGUCCUGCAGCCGGUUAGCAGAGAGACGGCGGGGUGGGGGGGAACGCGGCAGGCGCCUGUGACGGCCCCCCUCUCUCAGUCGGCUCAGCCCUUCCCACUGCCUAAACCAGUGCCUACCACCCACCACAUGCCCUGCGUCCCCCACGCGCCUCAUGUAGCAGCCUUGUCCACCUGUCCCGGUAGGGGCAAGAUCGCCAAGUUCAUCAGCCCGGAGGAGAUGACAUCACGGGACUACUACUUUGACUCUUACGCCCACUUUGGCAUCCAUGAGGAGAUGCUGAAAGACGAGGUGCGGACGCUGACCUACCGGAACGCCAUGUACCACAACAAGCACGCCUUCAAGGACAAAAUCGUCCUGGACGUCGGGAGUGGAACGGGGAUUCUCUCCAUGUUCGCCGCCAACGCCGGCGCCAAACACGUGUACGGGAUAGAAUGUUCAAGUAUAUCAGAAUACUCGGAGAAGAUUAUCAAGUCGAAUCACCUGCACAACGUCAUCACCAUCUUCAAGGGCAAGGUGGAGGAGGUGGAGCUCCCCGUGGAGAAGGUGGACAUCAUCAUCUCGGAGUGGAUGGGCUACUGCCUCUUCUAUGAGUCCAUGCUCAACACCGUCAUAUUUGCCCGGGACAAGUGGCUGAAACCCGGAGGCCUGAUGUUCCCCGACAGGGCCGCUCUCUACGUCGUGGCCAUCGAGGACAGGCAGUACAAGGACUUCAAGAUUCACUGGUGGGAGAACGUGUACGGAUUCGACAUGAGCUGCAUUCGCAACGUGGCCAUCAGAGAGCCUCUGGUGGAUGUGGUAGAUACCAAGCAGCUGGUGACCAACGCCUGCCUCCUGAAGGAAGUGGACAUCUACACCGUGAAGCCAGAGGACCUGUCCUUCACCUCAGCCUUCUGUCUGCAGAUCCAACGCAAUGAUUACGUCCACGCCCUGGUCACCUACUUCAACAUCGAGUUCACCAAGUGUCACAAGAAGACAGGAUUUUCCACCGCUCCCGAUGCUCCCAGCACUCACUGGAAGCAGACGGUGUUUUACUUGGAGGACUACUUAACUGUCAAGAAAGGAGAGGAGAUCUUUGGCAGCAUCACCGUCCGGCCCAAUGAGAAGAAUGUGCGGGACCUGGAGUUCACCCUGGAGCUGGACUUUAAAGGACAGCUCUGCGAGGCCGCCCUCUCCCACGACUACAAAAUGCGCUAGGAGCAACACGACGGCAGCAGCGGUGGCGGCGCUCUGGCGUGGACGUUCCCUGCAGCCCCUCUGUUACACAUCUGUAGAGAGGGGGGAGGGGGGGCACAGGCUCCCAGCUGGCUAACGAGGAUGACCCCCGGACAAAUCUGAUUGGAUGCCACUAUGCCAGCAACUAAGCCAUGUCAUCGGAAUAGGCAAAGUCUGCUUAUCAGCAAUACGCGAACCAACCUGAUCGACCCCGGGCACAUCGUUGAAUGUAACCUCUGAAAACAACUUGAUUCUUUUUUCUCGAUUUUUAAUGUUUUGGAUUAUAAAAUAAUAAAAAAAGCAUUUAAGAGCCUUUAUAUUGUUAGUGCAGCUAAUUGGAAAGUAUUGAUCUGUGUGAUGUUGAAAGGGUAAGAGCACAGUCAUUACCUGUUUUUACCUAAGUUGUUGUCAAGACUGAUGAUUUGUGUGUAAUUGUGUUGAAGGAACAGUGGUUUUCGUUAUUUAUUCGCAUGUGAUUUGUUUUGUUUUGUUGCUUUAUUGACUUCAGGAGGAUGAACUGUUAUUCAUUUAUUUCUUUUCAUCGAGGGAAAUGAUUCAGAACAACUGUACUUUGGUGCCAGAAUAAAACAGAACAACGUCUCCGGGCAGGAACCAACACACAGAAGUCAUGAACCGCUUUGUGUCGAA